ACGCCGCACGGUGCAAAUAUAUGUUCGAGUACCGCGAAUUAGAUGAAAUAUCGAUAACAUAACUCACGCUGCUCUCUCUCUCUCUCUCUUUCACGCUCACUCACUGUGUGCGUGUAGUCAGUGUUGUAAACUGAUCGAUUGCAUUGUGUUGGCUGUUCUGCUGGUGUUAGUGCGUGAGGUGUGCAAAUUAUCAGAUCUUGCAUACACACACACACAUACACACGCUACUGUGUCUAUGGCAAGCACAAUAAUAACAUUCACACACAUACAUAAACACCAUAUUAUUCUUGGACACGGUGCGCGCGCGUGUUUAGAAAACGCAAAUAAAGAAAAAACGGUAUUAAAAAGAAACGAAAACAGGAAAAUAAAAGGAAGCAAUUAGAGCACAGACGUAAUCAUUGAUUACGCUUAAAAUAGAAAUAGAGUGAAAUAUCUUGAAACUGUUUAUUUUGUUUAAAUUUCACGUGCGCCAUAAGUUUUUAAACAAAAGAGAACUCUUGCGGAGAGCGGUGUGUGUUGAUGGCCACUAAGAUGGCCGGGUCUGGCGAAGUGAAUGAGGUUGUUUAUGAUCAUCGUAUAUUGCGUGAUUGGUCCAAUGUGAAUAAUACAAACGGCACAAUGCAUCUGUCCAAGGAUAUGAUAUUUAACGACGGCCAUCGUCUGUCCAUCACAGUCUACAGCAUACUCUUUGUGAUCUCAACAAUUGGGAACAGCACAGUGCUCUAUCUGCUGACCAAGCGUCGACUGCGUGGUCCCUUGCGUAUCGACAUCAUGCUAAUGCACUUGGCCAUUGCCGAUCUAAUGGUGACGUUUCUGCUGAUGCCGCUCGAGAUUGCGUGGGCCUGGACGGUGCAGUGGCGUUCCACGGAUCUGAUGUGCCGUCUCAUGAGCUUCUUUCGUGUGUUCGGACUCUACCUGUCGAGCUUUGUCAUGGUCUGCAUAUCGCUAGACAGAUACUAUGCCAUCCUGAAGCCACUGCAACGAUCCUACAAUCGUGGCCGCAUCAUGCUGGCCUGCGCUUGGCUGGGCUCCGUCAUAUGCAGCAUUCCGCAGGCCUUUCUCUUCCAUCUCGAGGAGCAUCCGAUCGUUAAAGGCUACUUUCAGUGCGUCACCUUUCAUUCGUUUGUUAGCGAAUUCGACAACUGGCUAUAUCAGAUCGCCACAAUGUGUGCCAUGUACGCAUUUCCGUUGAUCGCAUUCAUUUACUGCUACGGUGCCAUCUAUUUGGAGAUCUAUCGCAAGAACCAGCGUGUGCUUAAGGAUGUCAUCGCGGAGCGCUUUCGUCGCUCCAACGACGACGUCUUGAGUCGCGCCAAGAAGCGCACUCUCAAGAUGACCAUUUCGAUCGUGAUUGUGUUUAUCAUUUGCUGGACUCCGUACUACUUCAUAUGCAUGUGGUAUUCGUUGGAUAAAACGUCAGUGGACAAAGUCAAUUCCCUGGUGCGCAAAGCUCUCUUCAUAUUCGCAUCAACGAACUCGUGCAUGAACCCCUUGGUCUAUGGCUUGUACAACAUACGUGGACGCAUGAACAACAACAACAAUGUGUCAGUCAACAAUCGUCAUACUUCGCUCUCGAAUCGCCUGGACUCCUCCAAUCAGUUACUGCAGAAGCCCAUCAACCCGCUGCCCAAUGGCAAUGGCAACGUGGUGGCUGCGGCAGUGGCUGCCACCACAAAGCUGGCGCAUGCGGUGCGCUUGAAGACAAAUGGUGCUGCCGGUGACGUGCAGUCUCCAAAUGCUGCAGCUCCUCCAGCCACGCAACUGGAUAUAAAUGACGACGAUGUCAGUGUCUGUGUUGUCACCGUCAAGUGCCCGGAACACACGCCCAAGCAGCAAAAGCAGCCAAAGACGCCCAUCAUCUGCCUCAACUGUGGCGACUCCAUUGAGGUGGCCAGUGCGGAGAAGAAGUCAUAGAUUACAGGGUAUCUGGCGCACAGAUUCAAUGACAACAGAUGAGUUAAUUAAGAGUUGCUACCGUUUAACGUUUGAUGCGGCUCCGAACAAAAGGCUUCUUAAUUUGCUUCUUCUUUUUUGCAUUUAACUUACAGAUUAAAAUGUUAAGCACGAUUAAAACUAAUAUGCAAGAUUCUGGUCGGGGCCGUUAAAUGUUUAAAAGCUAUCAUAAAAUACGCUUAAGACGUAAUAGCGCGUAAUAUUAGAUACUCUAGUUAGUUGGCUUAUUGCUUAAUUUAAAUUAAUUUAUUCAUAAAAACCACACAACACACAGAAUAUCAUAUGUAAAAUUAUAGAAAAAUAGCAAAUAACAACAAAAAGAACAACAACAACAACAACCAUUCGAUGUGUGUAAUUAAUGAUCAGGUCUACAGACUACACCCUAGCCAUAACCAUAGAGCUCUGGCUUUAUUUGCAUUGGGUCUUUUAUAAAGACGGCGUUAAUCAUUUGCUUUAUAGCCUGCGUUGACGUUAAUUAUAUAGUCAAUCGUAAUCGUAUGUGUGUCUGUGUGCGCUUUUAAAUAUUUAUUAGACAUAGAUAUGCGAUGAAUAGAAAACUUGUUCCAUUUGAGGGCAAACUCGGGAGUUAUAUUGACUGACCUUUAACUAAUUUUGUUUUUAUUUACUUAACUGCACAAGUGUGCGAAGUUAUAGGGCUUAAAGAAGAGCUAAUGUAAAUAUAAUAUAUAAAUAUAAGCUAAUUGUUUAUUUUUUCGAAAGGUACAUAGAAAAACUGAAGGGAAAUCGACGACUUUCUGUGUGAAAAUCGAAGCAA